UAGCUUGAGAAACGAACUGAAAGGUUCGCCGCCCUUGAAAAGUCGGCUGCUGGAAGAGUUUCCGAAGCACCUCGGAAUGUAAAACAGGCCGCGGCCACUUUUUAAAUACCGGCCUACACACCUCUUUUUGCUCAUUUUUCUUUUUGCUCAUUUUUCUGCUACUUUUACAUAUAAACUCAAGACGAGUUUCAGAGAAAUGGCGUUCAUACUGGGCUCUAUUCUCCGCUACCAAACCAUUCUCCUCGCGUCUCACGCGCUCUUCCGUGGCAUUGCCGACACCCGCGCUGCCCGCGGAGAUGCCGCUGGCGCUGCCCGGGCCCGGUCCAUUGCCCGUGCCUUGGACCGGGCGUCUGGCCUGGGUUUAUGGGGCCUUGCCACAAAUCCCGGCGCGUUGAUGGAAGCAUUUGGGGCUAUAAUAAGAGAAGUGCUUGGGGGAGAUUUGGUUAAGGAUGUGGUGCUGUUGGGUGGGAGUGGUUUGAAUGACUUGAUUAAAGGUUUGAAUGAUUUGGUUAAUGUUUUGAAGGAUAUUAUUGCUUCCCGCGCGGUAGAGAUUCAUUGAUUAGUAGUUUCCAUCAGUAUGAAUCUUUACUUCAAUCCACAAUGGUGUCAAAAUUUGGGUUUUAUUUUGAAGUUUGGUUAACUCCUGUAUUGUACUCCCUCCGUCCCAAAAAGAUUUACACAUUUUGACUAAAGUUGAAAUUAAGGGAGGGUUAAAUU